GCGACUGGCGGCUUGCAGCGAUACAAUCAGUGUAUGUGUGAACGCAGCUUCUGACUCUACAGUGACAGUUUGAACACAUUACUGUAAAGAGGAAUCGAACACAAUGAAGCUCUGUGUGAUUCUCGUCCUUUUAACGACUCUGCCAGCAAACACUGAGUUUGUAUACAAGUUCACCGCACUGUCUGGCUGCAGUGACUCUGUGGAUGAAGCUAUACUGUUAUACAGUCUGCAUCAGGAUGAAAUCCUCUUCAUAGAUUACACGACCAAGCAGCAAAUCUACCGACUACCUCCGUUUGCAGACCCAAUUGAUGUUGCGGAUUUGUAUGACUUUGCCAUCGCUAAAAGAACUGAAUGCCUUCAGAACAUCCAAAAUGUGACCGCAGUGGCCGGCAGACCACCUGAGCCCAGAGUUGCUCCGGAGAUCAGCGUCUACCCGAAACACGACGUGGUGCCUGGAGAAGAAAAUAACUUCAUCUGCUUCAUGAGGAAUUUCUAUCCUCCACACAUCAGCGUGAACUGGACGAGGAACGGUGUGUCCGUGACAGGGGGAGUGUACAUCAGCCAGUUCUCGCUAAACAGAGACGGAACCUUCAACUUGUUCUCCACACUGACGAGUUCUCCGGAGACUGAAGCAGAUGUUUACAGCUGCACGGUGGAGCAUGAAGCUCUGGACUCGCCUCAGACUAGAACAUGGGAUGAUUCAGCAAUAAAUCGACAUGUGACUCCGAGUGUGACUCCGACGGUGGUGUUUGCGGUGGGAAUUGCUGUGGGAAUACUGGGAUUAUUCACGGGAAUGUUCUUUGUCAUUAAAUCAUUGUUUUUCUGUUAAGUUGCUGUCACAGCCGUGCUGAUUAUUGUAGGAUAAUAGCACUUCCCCAAGUCUCUUUCCUUUCACAGCUAGCACAGCAACAAUUACAGUUUGGAAAAAUUUUUAAAUAAAUAAUACCUACAUUUUAUUUGAUUAUCAUUACAUUUAAUGUCGAGGAACACUGGUGCAACAAGUCAGUUUCUGAUCUUGCUCACGUUAUAACAGCGAUAAACACUCGUUCCCUCACCAUCCCUCUCUCUAUUCCCUCUCUCUAUUCCCUCUCUCUAUUCUCUCUCUAUUCCCUCUCUCCUCUCUCUAUUCCCUCUCUCUAUUCUCUCUCUCUAUUCUCUCUCUCUUUAUUCCCUCUCUCCUCUCUCUAUUCCCUCUCUUUAUUCCCUCUCUCUAUUCUCUCUCUCUAUUCCCUCUCUCUAUUCCCUCUCUCUAUUCCCUCUCUCUAUUCCCUCUCUUUAUUCCCUCUCUCUAUUCCCUCUCUUUAUUCCCUCUCUCUAUUCCCUCUCUCUAUUCCCUCUCUCUAUUCCCUCUCUUUAUUCCCUCUCUCUAUUCCCUCUCUUCAUUCUCUCUCUCUAUUCUCUCUCUCUAUUCCCUCUCUCUAUUCCCUCUCUCUAUUCCCUCUCUUUAUUCCCUCUCUUUAUUCCCUCUCUUGAAGUCAAUAAGGUAAAAUGUUAGAGAAACAGUAGAGGAGUGUAAGCUCUGUGAUGAAGAUGUGGAGAACCUCACAGCGUCACCUCUGACUGUUACACAGCGCUGACACUGGAGACUCCUUCCACACACGCUACAUAAACUUCUCCUUACAGAUAAACUUCACCACCUACACUGCUGUCAGAGCUGCUUUUAUAGAACAUUAAUCAACACCUUCUGGCCAAUCUGGCUUAUGAGAAGAAAACUGUAUUAUUGAGAAUGAGUAGAAUGAUAAGUAUAUCUUUAUCUCUGCACGUUCCUGUGAUUUGUCGUCACUUCUACUAGAAAAUCCGAUAAAAACGGAGGGAAAUUCCCAGCGGGUUUAGUGAAGAUGUAGAGGUCACGUGUCUGAUGUUGGAACGUGGAAGAGGACAUGGUUGAAAUGUUUAAAAUGCUUUGUGUAAGUUUCUCUUUAACACUGAACAUCUUCUCUAACUUGUCCUGCAGGUGUUGUGUCUUCCUCUGAACUCAUUUACAUAUUCAUCAUGACAUUAAAGAUUGAAUUUGACGUA